CAGCUAUCGUCGCCAUUUUACAGGAAGUUUCCCGAUUCUUCAUCGCAGUACACGACGUUUGCCUGUUCCCAUUCUAUUUUACAUCGUAAUAGUUAUUCGGGGGAAUGGCACUAAAGAGGAUCAACAAAGAACUGCAAGAUCUUGGACGUGAUCCACCAUCACAGUGCUCUGCUGGGCCGGUUGGAGAUGACUUGUUUCAUUGGCAAGCGACUAUAAUGGGUCCGCCUGAUAGCCCAUACCAAGGUGGAGUGUUUUUCCUUACAAUACAUUUCCCAACAGAUUAUCCUUUUAAACCUCCAAAGGUAUCAUUUACUACAAAAAUAUAUCAUCCUAACAUAAACAGUAAUGGCAGUAUUUGUCUUGAUAUCUUACGAUCCCAGUGGAGUCCAGCACUAACCAUUUCUAAAGUACUUCUGUCAAUUUGUUCUUUGCUUACUGAUCCAAAUCCUGAUGAUCCCUUGGUGCCAGAAAUAGCACGUAUCUAUAAAACAAACAAACCAAAAUAUAAUGAAACAGCAAAAGAAUGGACAAGGAAGUUUGCCCAAUGAUGACUUCAUUGAGACACUGCUGUUGCAUUGUCUGUGGCAAAGUCAUAUUGUUGUGAUGUGCAAUAUAUGUUAUGUCCUACAGUAUUUUCUUUAGAAUUGUUGAAUGAUUUACUAGCUAUUUGUCUUUGUCGUGUAAGGUAUAUACUGUCAGUCAUAUGAUGAAAUAAAUGUAGAGAAUGCCAUAAACAGGAGUUUGCAAGUAUAUAUGUAUAUUUCUAAAUCAAGUUAAUGUUUUGUGUAGCAGAUUCAGAUUUUAAUAAAUUACAUUGUUCUGAAUAAGUGCAGCAACUGUUUUUGUACGUUUUGUGUGUGUGUUACUUGUUUCAUUGUAUAUACAAAUUGUUGUGAGCACUUUCUGCCCAACUUUAAGCAGGUACGUUAACCACAGUUGACUCUAUAUUUGUGCUUUGUUUUCCCAAGAGUUGGAAUUAUAAGUAUUCUCUGUACACCUGUAUUGGUGAGGUCAAAUUACUUCUUGGUAUAUUAUUGUUUUGUAUUACUACUGAAACUCCAGUUUCCACCUGGUCUUAGUUGGCAGUGACAUUGUUUAGGUGUUAGUAAUUUAAUUGCAAACCGCCUCCAGGAAAAACCUUCAACACUUAUCCUAUGGUCGUAGUUUAAGUUACAGCUAAUGAUUUUAAUUAGGGCUUCUGCAACACCUUCAAACUUUGACAUUUGUUGUCUCUUUGUUCCUUUUGGAAGUGGUAAAUAAACAGACAAUUUAGUGAUUGA